GUUUACAAGCUGUAGCCUCCAGGUCCUGUUGCAAAACUUUGGGGCUGGAAGGGCACUCUGGGGAGACUGGGCUGGCAGGGUAGGGUGCUGAAGGGUAGGUCGUCCUGUUCUGCUUUCUGCCCGUCCUGAGGGUACUGCCACACGAGGGCCAGUCCUGGAUCAGGCACCUCCAACCGCCUGUGUGGUCUUGGUGCGGAGCCGUGAGGGAGCUUAAGCUGGGCGCCGAGGAGGGUGGAGGCGGCGCAGGCAGGUUUCGCUUUCCCCAGCUGGACUGCUGCCCACCCAACAGAUAGGGCCUGCGGGGAACCGCCCCCAGCCAGGCUCGUACAAGUGCCCCCCAGGCUCCAGCCACACCACAGCAACAUGGCAGACCGUCUGGUGCAUCUUGUCACUCUGGUCCUCCUAGGAGCAGCCGCAUGUGCGGCGCAGCCUCGCGGGCGGAUCCUGGGCGGCCGCGAGGCCGUGUCCCACGCGCGGCCCUACAUGGCGUCGGUGCAGGUGAACGGCAAGCACGUGUGCGGCGGCUUCCUGGUGUCCGAGCAGUGGGUGCUGAGCGCAGCGCACUGCCUGGAGGACGCGGCGGACGGGAAGGUGCAGGUGCUCCUGGGCGCACACUCCCUGUCGCAGCCGGAGCCCUCCAAGCGCCUGUACGACGUGCUCCGCGCAGUGCCCCACCCAGACAGCCGGCCCGACACAAUCGACCACGACCUCCUCCUGCUGAAGCUGUCAGAUAAGGCCGAGCUGGGUCCCGCCGUGCAGCCCCUGGCCUGGCAGCGCGAGGACCGCGACGUGGCGGCCGGCACGCUCUGCGACGUGGCCGGCUGGGGUGUGGUCACCCACGCGGGCCGCCGGCCGGACCGCCUGCAGCACCUGCUCCUGCGGGUGAUCGACCGCGCCACCUGCAACCUGCGCACGUACCACGACGGCACCAUCACCGAGCGCAUGAUGUGCGGGGAGAGCAACCGCCGGGACACCUGCAAGGGCGACUCCGGGGGCCCACUGGUGUGCGGCGGCGUGGCCGAAGCCGUGGUCACUUCGGGCUCGCGCGUGUGCGGCAACCGCAAGAAGCCCGGCAUCUACACGCGCGUGGCGAGCUACGCGGCCUGGAUCGACGGUGUGCUGGCCGAGGGCGCGGCCGCCUGAGGAGGCCCCGGGGGGCGGCGGUCACAGGGGUCGAGCAAUAAAAGUCCUGUCCUGCAA